AUGCCACCAGAGAAGAUGCCACAGUUGUUGCAGAUCGAACGUAAGAGGAACGAUCAGUUGGCGCAAGUGGGUGAUGAAAUAGAGCUUGACAUAGAGGCUUUGGACACAGAAACGCUCUGGGAGCUCGAUCGGUUUGUCACCAACUGUAAGAAACUAGUGAGCAAGACGAAAAGGCAAGCACUUUUAGUAAACAACGCAACGGUCGACAUUGAUGAUGUUGAGGGGAUUAAGAAAAACAAGAAGGAAGCAGGGGAAGAAGAUGUCGAUAUUGGUGAUGAGACGCUGGAGAACAGCUUCCCACAUGUGGAGAUUAAGAAAGAUGAUGGUGGUGGACAGGGUCAAGCUGCAGGCCAUGGAAAUGAGAAUGCAAGCAGCAGCUCUAACGGGUGA